AUGUCUGAAGAAGAAGUGUCUCAUAUGAGUGAAAUGUUGCACCAAAAGCUUGAGAAGUUCAAGCAUGAACCGUUUGUAGUUUCAAUGGAUCGAAAUGAUCCAAAUUCACCACUGUAUUCCAUUACAUCGUUUAAAAAUUUACGACUAAAGGAACAACUUUUAAAAGCUCUUUAUAAAAUGGACUAUCAUAUGCCGUCAAAAAUUCAAGAAGCUGCUCUGCCGCUACUUUUGGUUGAACCACCAAUAAAUAUGAUUGCCCAAUCACAAAGUGGUACAGGAAAGACAGCUACCUUUGUACUUGCUAUGCUUUCCCGUAUUAUGCCCCAGAAUAAGUGGCCACAGUCUUUAUGUCUUGCACCAACGUACGAGUUAGCUUUGCAAAUUGGUCAAGUAGUGGAGAAACUAGCAGAAUUUUUGCCAGAAAUUCGAGUAAAAUACGCAGUUAGAGGUGAAGUGUUAUCACGUGGGGAGAAAAUUGAAGAGCAGAUUAUUGUUGGCACUCCGGGUAAAAUGUUGGAUUGGGUUGUAAAGUACAGAGCGAUCGAUUUGUCUAAGAUCAUUUGUUUUAUAUUGGAUGAGGCUGAUGUUAUGAUUACUCAACAAGGGCACCAAGAACAAAGUAUUCGGCUAUAUAAGGAACUGGAAAAAGUAAACACACACUGUCAAAGUUUAUUGUUUAGUGCCACUUUCGAUGAAAAUGUCCGAUUAUUUGCUGAUUCAAUGGUCAAAGAUGCUAUCAAUAUCACUUUACGAAGAAAUGAACAGACUUUGAGCAACAUCAAGCAAUUUUAUGUAAAAUGUGCUAACAGAGAGGAGAAGUACCAGGUUUUGAUGGAUAUAUAUGGCGGAUUAACGAUUGCCUCCGCUAUUAUUUUUUGUUACACACGUAAAUCGGCAGAAUGGAUAGCUGAUCGGAUGAAAGAGCGAGGACAUGAGGUUGUAGUGUUGCACGGUGAUUUGUCUAUUGAGGAGAGAGCAUGGACUAUUCGACAGUUCAAGGACAAUGUUUACAAAGUUCUUGUGACGACGAAUGUAUGUGCAAGAGGUAUCGAUGUUACUCAGGUGUCAAUGGUAGUUAAUUAUGAUCCACCAGUAACUUUUACUGAAAAUCCGGAACCAGACUUUAAGACUUAUUUACACCGAAUUGGUAGAGCGGGACGAUUUGGGAAGGCAGGAAUUGCGAUUAAUUUAAUACAAUUUAAUCUUCUUUUGUUUGUUGCAGGUACCACCAUCCAUCCACUGGAUACGAAAGAUCUAGAGCAGCUUGAAGCGCUUGGCAAUUGA